AUACAGUGGUGCGUGACUGCCAUUGAAACCCUCCCUGUUUGCAUUCGUGGUCAUCCCCCAUCUUUCUCGUUGCCACUACCAGGAUUCGCAAUGGUUAAGGUCAUCACGUACGAAGAGCUCAAGGCCCACUCCACAAAAGACAGCCUCUAUGUUCUCAUCCACGGAGAGGUGUACGAUGCUACAAAGUUCAUCGACGAGCAUCCAGGUGGUGACGAUGUUAUCUUGGCCGAGGCUGCCAAAGAUGCGACACAGGCUUUUGAAGAUGUUGGCCAUUCUGACGAGGCUCGUGAAAUUCUCGCUACCCUCCUCGUCGGAGAGUUCGAGAAGGACGGCGCUCUGAAACUCGACUCCGUGAACGUUAGUCGCUCGGGCGCUUCAGUAUCUGAUGCUGUUGAGCAGGGCUCGAACUUAAUGUACUUUGUCCCAUUGACCCUGCUGGGAGCAUACUUUGCAUGGCGUUUCUAUGGAGCAUGAAGACAUGGAUCGACUUAUUGUCCUCCAUGGUACCCCUUCUUCGCGUGCAUCAUGUUUAUUCCUCGUGAUAUUUUUGCCGGCUACCCAUGAACUGUCGCUUUAUCUAUCAUAAUUCCUUCGGAUAUAGAGCUUUAUUUUUUUGUUGCAGAUUCAGCGUGAAUCAACUUCACAUAAGCCAGGCUCUAUUGUCAGACUGGAAGAACGCGGAAAUGAAACGAUUGAUUGGUUAU